AGAAGCACGUGACUUACUUCCCUAAUCAGCCGGCGGAUCCGAACAGAUUGGUUGUUACUUUAGGAUUCCAUUUUUCAAGAUGAGGACAAGUCUAUUGACGGCUGUGCUGGUAGGGAGUUGCACGCUGGGGUUGGUGGUGUGUGCCCCAAGGGAAGAUGAAGUGAAGUACCUACCUGGGCUCAACAAGCAGCCAUACUUCAAGCAUUACUCAGGGUACCUCAAUGCCACUGGGACAAGGAUGUUGCAUUACUGGUUUGUGGAGUCUGCAAACAACCCAGCUACUGAUCCAGUUGUUUUAUGGUUGAAUGGAGGUCCUGGGUGCAGUUCUCUGGAUGGAAUGUUGUCUGAACAUGGCCCAUUUCAUGUUUCUGAGGAUGGAAAAAGCAUUUCACUGAACAAGUAUGCCUGGAAUAAUGUAGCCAAUGUCCUAUAUAUGGAAGCUCCUGCAGGAGUGGGGUUUUCAUACUCUUUAGACAAAAACUACACCACAGAUGAUGACCAGGUAUCCAUGGAUAACUUCAUUGCCCUGCAUCAUUUUUUUGUCAAGUUUCCUGAGUAUAAGACCAAUGAGUUCUAUGUGACUGGGGAAAGUUAUGGUGGGAUUUAUGUCCCCACCCUCUCACUGCGGCUUGCAGAGGACUUAGGGUCCUUUAACUUUAAGGGUUUUGCUGUGGGGAAUGGCCUGUCCAGUGAUUUUAUGAAUGACAAUUCUCUCAUGUCUUUCUUAUAUUACCAUGGAAUCGUAGGUGAAAAAUUAUGGAGACAGCUGAUAAGCACUUGUUGCCAUGGCAAUGAGACAGGUUGUGACAUUGUCAGCAGGACGUUGGUUGAUCCUUCUUGUGAAAAUCUGGCCAAUUCAGUUCUUGGUGUUAUCACAAUGACUGGCCUAAAUAUGUACAACCUGUAUGCUCCCUGUGCACCGCCAUCUAAGAACAAACUGGCGUUAAGAGGAGCCAAAGCAAGAACCGACUCUUUAAAACAUUACUUUAGGUUGUUUAGAAAUAAGGUGGGAGAAGUCCCCCCUUGUAUAGAUGUGACUGGUUCCACCAUUUACCUGAAUACUAAAGAGGUUAGGCAGGCACUCCACAUACCAGAUCAGUUGCCUCCUUGGGAGAUUUGCAGUGGUGCUGUAGGAGGAAAUUACAAAAGAUUGUACAACAACAUGACUUAUCAGUACCAGAAGAUCCUCUCUAUGGCG